AUGUCUUUUUCUUAACAUGGAAGGAACAUAAGCCAUUAUAUAUUCAAGAAAACAUUAUUUUAUGUUGCAAUGUACAAAACAGAGCAACAAUUUGCAGUAGUUAUGUUGAAUCUUCACUACAGUUUGUAUUUGAUGGUCUUCUUCAUUCACCUCACAGCUCAUCUUGCUAAAUCAGAACCGUUUAUUGGAAUAAACUACGGCCAAGUUGCCGAUAAUCUGCCGCCACCUGCUGCAGCAGCAAAGCUGUUGCAGUCCACCGCGAUCGAGAAGGUGCGUUUGUACGGUGCUGAUCCUGCCAUAAUCAGUGCAUUUGCCAACACUGGAAUAGGCCUCACAAUCGGGUCAGCAAAUGGAGACAUACCAGCCAUGGCAACCGAUCCAAAUUACGCGAAAAGUUGGCUUGAUAAUAAUGUGCUUCCCUACUAUCCAGCAAGCAACAUUAUUUUGAUUAAUGUUGGCAAUGAAGUGAUGAUCUCUGGGGACAAGAAUUUGAUGACUCUGCUGCUCCCUGCCAUGCAAAAUGUGCAAAAUGCCCUUAAUUCGGCUUCUUUAGGUGGAAAAAUUAAGGUCUCUACGGUCCAUUCUAUGAAUGUGUUGAAGCAAUCUGAGCCGCCCUCGUCUGGGAGAUUUGAUCCGGGCUUGGAGGAUUUUUUGAAGGGUUUGUUGAAGUUUAACAGUGAAAAUGGAUCCCCGUUUAUUGUUAAUCCAUAUCCUUUUUUCGCGUAUCAGAGUGAUCCUAGGCCUGAGACACUGGCGUUUUGCUUGUUUCAACCUAACUCAGGGCGGUUUGAUUCGGGCACCAAUAUAAAGUAUACCAACAUGUUUGAUGCUCAGGUGGAUGCUGUCCGGUCUGCACUGAACGCGAUGUCAUUUAAAGACGUCGAGAUUGUGAUUGCAGAGACGGGGUGGCCUUACAAAGGAGACGUUAACGAGGUAGGUCCAAGCAUUGAGAAUGCCAAGGCUUACAAUGGAAACUUAAUAGCUCACCUGCGGUCUAUGGUUGGAACUCCAUUGAUGCCAGGGAAAUCAGUUGAUACAUAUUUGUUUGCAUUGUUCGACGAAGACUUGAAACCGGGACCUUCCUCUGAACGAUCAUUCGGAAUUUAUAAACCCGAUCUUUCCAUGGUCUAUGACAUUGAACUCUCUAAGAGUAACCAGGCUCCAUCCGUGCCCAAAAACCCGGCCACCCCAUCUCCAACAAGAAAGCCAACAACUCCAACUCCAACUCCGACUCCGACUCUGACUCCGACUCCGAUUCCGUCAGGAGGCACGAAACAUGGUCCAUGGUGUGUACCUAAGACAGGGGUAUCACUUGCACAGCUACAAAGUAAUCUGGAUUAUGCUUGCGCAUUUGCAAUAGACUGCAGUCCUAUUCAACCGGGAGGAUCUUGUUUCGAACCGAACAUCGUGUCCUGUCACGCAGCCUAUGCGAUGAAUCUCCUUUACCAAAAUUCAGGAAGGAAUCCAUGGAACUGUGAUUUCUCACAAACAGCCAUGCUCACAUCAACUAAUCCUAGUUACGGUGGAUGCACUUAUCCUGGUGGGAGUACAUGAACUAGUCGAGAACUAUAUGCAUAAUUUUUCGGUGCUAUUUUUUUCUGAAAUACUGUAAUUCGGCUGAGAAAAACUAUAUGUUACUGUUUGCAAGAUCAAAGUAUGUGAAUUUUCAUCAUUUCCGCUGUUGUACUUUGUUUACAUGAAUAUAAAAAUUAUGCAUAUUUAUGCUUGCAAA